UUGAGUGGAUGUCAGGAUGAAACUGAGCGUGAGCGCGUAUCGGGCGCAUGCAUCCGCACACAAGAAGAUCCUCUCCAGCGGCUAUCACUCACAGCUCAACUACGGCAGCACUGGAGCGGCAGCGGCAUCCUCCUCGUCGUCGGGGGCCACUGCAACGGGCCUAUAUACGAUGGAAGCCCACGAGCACGAAGCGGGCAAGUUUGUCAAGGAUGUGGCCCGUCAGGUGCAUGACUGCAAUAGCGAUACGGACGUCAUCAGUCCCACGGGCACUAGUAGUUCCGGUGGAGGCGGCGGCGGCGGCGGUGGAACGGGUGGACCCGGCGGCGGCGGCGGUGGAUCCGGUGGUGCUGGUCCCAGCGACGGUGGCUAUCAUAAGCGGCACCACAAGAUGGUACGCGAUGAUGAUAACAACAGUGCGGCGCACUCCUCGGACAGUAAAAGUCCCAGCCAGCGGAAAUCGCGUAUCGGAGAUGGAGCUUCAGAUCCAGAUUCCGAUUGGACACGAUCGAAUCAGCGCUGGAUGAAGCUGCGCACCACCGUGCAAAUCUCAUCGGCGAUACAGAAGAAACCACCGCUCAAGCGCGAAGACUCCUUCCUGAAGCGUUUCUCGACUAGACAGAUACCCGAAACACAGGAAACUGUUGAAGAUACGGGUUCAGAAAGUGCCUCUGGUGACGUCGACAAGAGUGUUAAACGACGGCGACGCUAUCUGCAGAAACGACGAUCCGUUGUUAAUCCAGAUGAAAAUUUUUACUUCUAUUGGUUAAUGAUGUUAACUGUAUGUGUUCUAUAUAAUCUAUGGACCCUAAUUGUGAGGCAGAGCUUUCCUGAACUGCAGCAAUCUGUGCCCACGUUUUGGCUCAUCUGCGAUUCGAUGACAGAUGUUGUAUUUAUCUUAGAUAUAAUAGUUCAAUUACGCACAGGCUAUCUGGAGCAGGGCCUAAUGGUAUACGAUGACAGGAAGCUGGCCUGUCACUAUGUUCACUCGCGCGACUUUAUCUUCGAUAUGAUAGCGCUGAUACCAUUGGACUUGCUGCAGCUCAAGAUGGGCACACAUCCGCUCUUGCGUUUUACGCGCUUUUUUAAAGUUUAUCGAUCUGUGAGAUUUUAUUACAUCGUAGAAAGUAGAACAGUUUGGCCAAAUUUAUGGCGCGUUGUUAACCUAAUUCAUAUCCUGUUAAUACUGGCACACUGGUUCGGUUGUUUCUAUUUUUUACUCUCCGAGGCGGAGGGCUUUCAGGGUGAUUGGGUCUAUCCGUAUCGACCUGGGGACUAUGCCACCCUGACGCGCAAGUAUCUGGGCAGCCUGUACUGGUCGACCCUGACACUGACCACCAUUGGGGACCUGCCCACGCCCGAAACGAAUGCAGAACCGAACUUUUCGGUGGACGGCCCACGAUCAAUUCCCAGGCGUGGCAUUAAAUCUCGCCUUCUGCAAUUCGGCUCUAGCUAUGGAUAUAUUUUUACGAUCGUUAGCUAUUUGAUUGGUGUUUUUAUCUUCGCCACCAUUGUGGGCCAAGUGGGCAAUGUGAUAACGAACCGAAAUGCGAAUCGCCUGGAGUUCGAGCGCCUGCUGGAUGGGGCCAAGACCUACAUGCGGCACCACAAGGUGCCCGGAGGAAUGAAACGUCGCGUGCUGCGGUGGUAUGACUACAGUUGGUCCCGCGGCAGGAUACAGGGUGGCGGUGACAUCAAUACCGCUUUGGGCCUGCUGCCCGACAAGCUGAAAACCGAAUUGGCCUUACAUGUCAACCUCAGUGUGCUGAAGAAGGUGACCAUAUUCCAAGAGUGCCAGCCCGAGUUCCUUCACGAUCUCGUGCUCAAGAUGAAGGCAUACAUCUUCACCCCGGGCGACUCAAUUUGCCGGAAGGGCGAGGUGGCCCGCGAAAUGUUCAUCAUCGCCGAUGGCAUCCUGGAGGUUCUCAGUGAGACGGGAAAGGUUCUAACCACCAUGAAAGCUGGUGAUUUUUUUGGCGAAAUCGGCAUCCUCAAUCUGGAUGGGCUUAACAAACGCACGGCGGAUGUGCGUUCCGUGGGCUACUCGGAGCUCUUCUCACUCUCCCGCGAGGAUGUCCUUGCUGCCAUGAAGGACUAUCCGGACGCCCAAGAGAUCCUGCAGACCUUGGGCCGCAAGCGACUUAUGGAGGUGCGCUGCGUGAACAAGAAGUACGCCAAGGCGCAGAGUGACAAGGAGGCGGCCGCCUAUGCAGCGGCUCAUCCCCAUCACCAUCAGAGCCACCACCAGGGACAGGUCCAUCAGAGUGAUAGCAGCGAGAAUAGUUCAUCGAAGAAGAUUGUGGACAAGCUGAAGCACGACGUCAAGGGCUUUCGGAAUGUGCUCAAGAAGUCCAGGACCUCUCGUAAAAGCGAUGAGUCCCUGGAGAUGCAGCCACUUCAUAAUACUUCACCGCGUGGCAGUAAGAUCCUGCUGAAGCGCAUGUCCCGGGUGAGAUCGGAUGAAAAGGAUGCGGAUAGUGCCGAGGCCAAGGAUGAGUUGCACGACAAGACGCCCAGUCCGAUUGGAGCGGGUCUGCCAUUGCUGCAGCGCCUUCGGCUGCUCAAGGAAAAGCAAGAAUCGAUCCAGGAGGAGCCCGAACGCGAGUUCAGCGAAGGCUUUCCCCUGAUCCAGCGACUCCAGCAGUUGAAAAUUAAGAACGAACCGCAGGCAAACGCCGCCGAACCCGGCGUCGUCAUGGUCAACACACCGCCCAACAUCAGCAGCAAGAUAGAUUCGCAUUUCGGAGCCAGUCAGGCAGGAGGAUCGCUUCCAGGAUCGAAUGGGAUCUCGGCACCGGGACAAUCGCUGACAGUGGCCCAGAUCAAGCCCAUCAUGAAGGUCUCCUUUAAGCAGAAAAUCCAGCAAUUGCAGGGCGGCGGAGGAGCCAGCAGUUCGCCAGGGCCAAGUACAGGAGCCAUAGCCAAAAAGGAGCCACCCAAGUCACUGGCCUUGGUGGCGAAGCAUGCCACAUCCGAGGAUCCCGUUGCAGCAGCUGGACUGGGUUUGGGCCUGGCCAUGGGUGGUAGCUCAGGCAUAGCCACCAUAUCGAAAAGGAUGGCCAAACCAGGCCAUCGGAUGGCCACACCCCUGCAAUCCGACACGGACACCGAUGGUACGCCCAUCAAGCCGUGGUCCAAGCUGAAACUGGCCACAUUGAUGUCCUCCAGUUACACGAGCUUAACAAACUGUUCGCCGGAUGACUUGGCCUCGCCGCUGAAGAACUACUCGCUGAGCAACAUACCCCAGCAGAUGGAGACGCAUCCACGGCCACGUCAUCACAGCGCCAGGAGCAGUUCAAGAUCACCGCGGCACGGACACCAUCAUCACGGUGGUCAUGGCCAUCACCAUCAUCCAAGCUCGUCGAGUACAACCGGUUCGUCGGCCAGCCAGGCGAAUCAGGUGGCGGCCAGCACCAAGAGGGAUUACCUGCGUCUCCAGAAACCGGAGCAGCAUUUGCCCGACGGCGAACUGACCGAGCUGGGCGGUAAUGGACGAAGGAAGCUCUACCAGAGCGUCUUUGAUCUAUCGCCGGAAUACUGUGGAUUGCCGUUCGUCAAGCGUUUGAAGAUCCUGAACGAACGCCAGAAGUUGGCGGAACUGGAACGGGCCCUGCAAACCCGUAGCUUUAGCCUGGACUGCUCGAAAUCCGGACCAGAUAGCAAGGUGCCCAUUACGGAGUCAUUGUAUCGUUGCUAUAGCGACACCUCCGGCAUCUAUUCGCAGUUCCUCAGUACAUACGAGUCGACCACCAGCUCCACAUCGAUAUCCACCAAUACUUCCGCCUCUGCAUCGGCAUCCGCCUCCGCUUCCGCAUCUGCUUCGGAUAGCAACUCUCGCCAGUUACAGUAUGUGCCCCUGCCACUUAGUCCCGAAUCGAAUGAGACCAUGGAACGUCGCAAGCUGAAGAGCAUACUCAAGAAGCUGCAGAUGGGCGGGGGUCAACAGGAGGAGGCGGGACCGGGUACGGGCAUGGGACAGGGACACGGACAGGGAACGGUAACGGGAACGAACGGGUCGAAGAUCAACUCGAGUGCCAACCAAAAGGGCCAGGGCCUGCCGGCGGAGCCGACCUUGGAAGGGUACGUGGCUAGGCACAGUAAGCUCUUGAAGAGUGUAACCUUCCAUUCCACUCUUUCCAGCCCGCCCGCCAGUGCCAAGGAUGAGGAGGUAUCUCCCUUCGGCGGUGCUGCGGCGAUCGGUUCGGUGAAUAACGGUGGUUGCGGUAACGGUACGAUUAACGAUAAUACCGUUAGCUUGAGUUCGCGUUCGAAUAACACUGCGUAUACGUGUCCGCCGCCAUCAUCAUCGGCGGUGGCAUUUCCGUUUCCGGUACCGGUACCGGUACCAGCAAUUCCAAUUCCUUCCGGAUCCAGCGCUAUUCCACAUCCCUUGUCCAGUUCGGAGGCGGCGAAUGUCUGGUCGCCGACGUUGACGUUGGUAACGCCCACGAAUUCGCCCCAGGAGAGUUUCGCGUUUCCUGCCCAACUGCAGGGGGAGUUGGGCGGACAUGGAAACGGACGCGGACUCGUUGGUAGCGUUGGCAGCGCCUCAGCGUCGUUGUCGCCAGCGGGAACAAUAGCAGCAGCUGCAGCAGCAGCAGCAAGUGCAUCCGCUUCCGCUUCCGCCUCGUAUGUCGUCGAGUGCUCAUCGUCGUCGAAUCAGAUCCUUCAUGCCCAGUCCACAACUGAUUUGAAUUUGAAUUUGCAGCUCAGGCAGAACACGACCAGUGCGAUGGGCGGAACAGGUUCAGGACCACGUCUGGAAGGCUUCCCGGAGGCACAGGACUACUUCAAUCAGAUCCUCAGCGGCAUCAAUCACGUGAUCAAGACCCACAUGAACGAAAUGCACUCCAAGUUCGAGACUCAGUUUUCCAGCAUGGCCGGCGAAGUGCGACGACGUGAUGCCAUCAUUGCCCAGCUGCAGUUGAAGCUGCGCUCCAUUGAGGGCAAGUCUGCGGGUCCAGUGGCAUCUACUUCUACGUCGGCCUUGGUUCUGCCACUUAGUCGGCGGCAGAAGCGAGAGAAGAUGUCUCAGCUGUCGGUGGACGAUGAUGAGCCGCCCGAGGAGGAGGACAACAGCAGUUCGGGAUCUUCAGCGGAGCUUCUGUUUAUGCGUGGUGAUUCCCUGGACACAGUCUUCACCUCAUCGCCGCCCAUCCAAGGCGGCAGGCGCAGCAUAUCGCCGGGACCAAGUCGUCAUCAUGCCGCCUCGGCCAACGCCCUGAACUGCCCGAGUAGCUACUACGGUGGACCCGGCUCCCUCAGCUCCCGUCACGCCCAAAGCCAUCCCAGUUUCUACUCUGGCCAGGGCAACGGACGUAGCAGUGGGCGUAGCAGUGGCUAUCGCGAAUGGAGCGGCGGAGCAGAUAGCCUAGGCAGCGGGAGUGGAUCUAGCAGCGCUCUCAUGGUGGCCGAUGUCACGGGUAAUCUGGCUCGCUUGUCGGACAGCGUCAUCCUGGACAUUGGCGAAAGCUCCAGUUCGAGUUCAUCGUCCAGCAAGAUAAAUAUGGCCGAUGUAGAUGACGACGAGGAGGAUGAAGAAGAUCCCAGGAGGCGGGAUCCACGAGAGGACGAAGAUCUAGAUAGCGGCGGCGGCGGUGGUGGAGGUGGCACGGCAGGCCACAACGACUGGGAGGUACAGAUGCUGGCGGCCGAGAUGGAACGGCAGGAACGCAAACGCGGACACUCCCUCUCCGACAAUCUGGGCGAGCUGAAGCACUGCAGCACGUUUCUGCGACGGCGUCGGAAGUUCAGCGACACGGAAACGGAAUUUAGUGAGACGGACAUGGAAGAGCAUCUGGCCAGAUCGGGUAGUGGCGGCUCCAUAGAUCCAACUGGUUCAGGACCCUCUGGCUCUACAUCCACGGGCCACCAGAGCGGCAGUCAGCGACCAAGAGCCUCCAGUUUGGAUCAAUUCAAUCUGCGCUAUGGCAUCGGACGUGGAAUCUUUAAAGCAAUGAGCAUCGACCGUGAUAAAGACAAGCUUUGAGAACUAUAAUCACGACCAAAUCUAACCCGAUCCCGAUCCCGUUCCCGAUCCUCAACACUAACCACCUCAACCCAAUCUCAACCAGAAGCAAGUUCAACUGCAGACAACCAAUAAGCAAUGGAAUUUGGACAGUAUUACCAUGGUACAAGAACUAAGUAUAUAUGUAAAGGAUAUACAAACACUAAGGAGGAUGUGACGUCAUAUAGACCUAUAUUCUAUAUAUGUUUAGCCCUAACGAAAUCCCCCAGCAAAACGAAUCGAUAUAUACAGAUAUACAACAUACAAAAGAAAAUAAAGACCCGAUCGAGAUAUAUAUAUAUAUAUAUACUAUAUAUAAAAUGUAGAUUUAACGGAAACAACAACUACUACUAAAAACCGAGAAACAAACACACAAAUAGCCAGAGAGUGUUCCCAAGCCCCUGUUCGAAUUAGGACUUUUCUUUUUAGCUUUUUUAUAUCGUAAAAGUUAUCUCUAUUAAGGGACCUUGCAAGGGUUGUUAGCCUUUAACCAGAGGUUAAGCUUUAUCGGUUCGGAGGAUCGCUUUUUGUGAAAUUUUAAACUUUUCUUUAAGUUUUUGUUUAACUCUUCUGUAAUAUUACUUAAAUUUCUCAUUAUUUAUUAAAAAAUAUUGAUUAAUCUUAACUUUAACUUAACCUUUAGUUAUCUUUCUCACAAAAGUUGUUAUAAUUAUCUGUUAUACUGUUAUAUGCUUUCUAAAAACACUUUGCAAGGUUACUUAAGAUCUACAAAAACCAAUUCCUAACAUCAUUUAGCACUUUUUUUUUGUCUAGAACUUAAAAAAAGAGAGAGAGUGUAUGUGUGUGCGAAGAAGCUAGCACGAGAGAUGAUAAUUCCCACAUUAAACCGUCCUGAAAAACGUCCAUGCCACAAUGUUGCAUGUUUGUUCAUUUUGUAUGUAUCUGUAUUUGUAUCUAUAGAACACCAAAUCGUACCCAAUCACAUCUCAUUCUGAACCCAAAUCGGUAUAUUGAUCUGUUGCUUUGUUUAGUUCAUGGUAGGGCGGGGGUCUCUGGGGUCUCUCUACAGAUGUAUAUACCUCUUAUUGUUAGAGACUAUGGAACAUAUAUAUACAUACAUAUAUAUAUACAUAUAUUUUAAGUACGUACAUAUAUAUAUAUACACAGAAAUAUACAUAGUUAUAUAUAUAUCUAUAUAUGAACUAGUGUAAUGAAAACCGAAAGCUUUAAUAACUUAUAUAGAAAACUAUUUAAGAAACAUUUUAAAUACUAAUCGAUUCGGACAAAUGUUUUCAAAUAGAACAACAGGCCAAAAACCAUUUCCAACAAGCCAACACACACACAUAAGGCAUACACACACACACACACACACAUAACACACACACGUGCAUACAAAAACAAAAAUAUCUAAAAUAUAGAGCCUAUAAUAUGCAUAGAUUAGCGAUUUACUUGUUGAACAACCUCGGUUCGAGCUGUUAAGCCUAUCUAAGCGUUAGUCGAACCUAUCGAAAAACUUAGACUUGCCCUCGUUGUUAUCCUCCCUGCCUCGCUAACCCUACAUCCUUUUCGGUUUCCUUUGCCCUGAUCUAAGGCUGGCUUGCUUCCCCCUUCAGAUAUCCUUCUCUCAUCCCUCUCCUCAUCCACUAACUAAUCUCGCUCUAAGAAACCACAACUCUAGCCCUGUAAGUAGUUUAGCGCUGAUCAAGAUCUAUUUCGACACCGAAAAAAAAAGAAAAACUUAAAACAAAAAUAAGAAGAAAAUGUAUCUCAAGACUAUGUGUAGGCAGCAAAAGGAACACAACAUGAUUGUUAAUUGUUGAUUUUUAUCGUUUGAUUUAUCGUUUUUAUCGUUGCUCUGUGAACUAAUCGCUUAAAACUUAAAGACAGCUAACUAGCCAGGCCCUAGACGCACUCACUAAUCAGACGGUAGAGUCAGAGUAGAGAAAACUUUAGACACCCAACUCUAGUGUUUCGUAGUUUCAACUAGCCAACAGGAAAAAAAUGGAUGUUAAGCUGUACUCAAGCCACUUACUAUCGCUCUGGCUAUCUUGGCUAUCCGAUAACUAUCGUACUGUACUAAGUGCACUAAGGAACACAAACAUACACACACACACAAACAUACAGAUGCCACAUACAGACAUACAAAAAAGGAUCUUAAAUGAUAACUAGUAAAGUUUCUAACAAAAAAAACUUACAAAAUUCCUUUAAGUUUAGCUAGUAAUCAGUUUUUAUCGAUGGUUUUGGUUAGAAAACAUCGAUAAGAACCGAUUGCUAUUCAAAAUGACUACUUUUUCAAAAGGGAAAAAGAAGUUUUACUUUCUUCUUUUAAAAACUUCACAUUUUCUAAACUUUUUCACUAUACUUGGGUAUAUUUCUAAGAUUUAGAUUGCCUUUUUAUAGGGUUAAGACCUACAGUCCUCCACCACUAGUCCACAGCAAGUUACAAAACCUGAAAUUCAAGGAACAAGGAAUUCUCAAAUGGGUUCAAAAUACAGAUAAAAACAAACUUCAACUACAUAAAGUUAAAAACACAAACAACAACAAACUUAAAUGGGUCACAGCCAGCUAAGCAGUCCAACUAAAUGUAAUAAGACAAACGACAAGCACAACACUUAUGUAAUUCAAACCAAAAAAACAAAAACAAAAAACGAGAGAAGAAAAGAAAGCAAAGAGCAGUAAAGUAACUCUAUAUAAGAUUUUGAUUUAGUCCUUUAACGGAUUCCUUUGUUUGACAAGGCCAGAGUGUUGGGAAAGCCUCAAAAAAGAGGAAAACCAUUUAAAUUGAAUUACAUACGCCAGGGACCACAAAAUGUUUUUUUGUCUCUUUUUUAUAAACAAAACAAACGAAAAAAAAAACAAGUAAACAAGUAAAAAGUAAAUGAAAAAACAAAUAAAAGGUUUAAACACACAAAAAAGGAAAACCUAGCAAGUUUUAUGAUAAUAAUGAGAAAGUGUUAUUGACCUGAUGGUAGGCAGUCAUAUAAUCAUUUAGCCAGGCACCCAUUAUAUAGUCAC